CCGAACCGGGGAGAAAGGCGUCUUCUGCUUCUAACAUCUGCAACAUUUUGGCACUACUCUUCCGAAUGUUUGGAGAGCAUCCACAUUCCGCGUUAAUGAAGACAACAGCGAAACAAGCACCGCCGACUGAACCCGCCCCGGCGUGAACAAGGAUAAACCAACACAGAUGUCAGCGGGUUUCUCUAUCGCAAGCAAUUUUGUGUUGUACAUCAGGAAGACAACGACAUUAGGCUCCGUUGCAUUAUUCAUGUUGCACCGAAAAUGUUGGGGAAGUAAACCGCAGCUGAUCAUAUGCCGUUCCCUCUGUCUGCAGUCGGUCCUUUAAAUAGAAAGGCAUGCAACAUUUAAAUCAAACAUGCAGGUCUAACACACAGCAGCUCCUGCUUUCUGUCUCCGCGAUGCAUCAGUGUGCAGAACAAUGAGCAUGGAGCCGAAGUAUCGCCUCAUAUAGUCCGAGUUAAGUGUUACAAAUUGACAGCCACGCCAGAUUACUGGAGGUUACCGUUGCACCACGGUUUCAGACUGGACACUCGGGUUUGACACCAGAAAAAAAAGCAACUCAUAGGGCGUUGGAAGAUUGAUGUGCAGCUAACAUUGGAAAGGGACACGACCUCCGAGUCGGUUGGAAUACGGGUCUCUGUUUCUGCCCCAGUCAGUUGCUGCAUCUGCACAGUGGACCAACUACCUCGUCAUCGCUGCACAUCCCUGAAACACCACGUUUCCAUGGAGGCAGGUUCGUCCCUCAGCCUCAAACGAAGAUAUGAAGAGGUGGACAACGGCUCUCCAUUCUCCACACCUAAAGACUCCGACGAUGACAUUUCCAGCAGCGACAGCGCCGAUAGCUGUGACAGCCUCAACCCCCCUUCCAGCACUGCAUUUACCCGUAAGGAACAGCAGGAGGCAAACGUUAAAGCCACCUCCAUCCUCAGACGGCACAAGCCGUCACCGGGGGGGAAGCAGGUACAUUUUGAUGUGGUGACGGUGUAUUACUUCCCCCGGCAGCAAGGAUUCACCAGCGUGCCCAGCCAAGGGGGCAGCUCUCUGGGCAUGGCCCGCCACCACUCGGCCAUCAGGCACUACACGCUGGGAGAGUUUGCCCGCAAACAGGAAACGAGCCACCGGCACACGUUACGCCAGCACCUGCGCCAAGAGAAGCUCAACGCCCGCAAGAUGAAGCUGACGAGGAACGGCACGGUGGAAUGCGCUCAGGCGGACCUGCUGACUCUGGAGGACAUUUCGGAUGAGGACCUUGACGAGGUGGAGGUGGACAACUGCUUCUUCCUUCAGCCGCUGCCCACGAAGCGGCGCCGCGCUCUCCUGCGAGCCUCGGGCAUCGCCCGCAUCGAUGCCCGGGAGAAAACCGAGCUCCGGACCAUUCGCCUCUCGCGGGAGGAAUGCGGCUGCGACUGCCGCUUUUACUGCGACCCUCGCCACUGCGGCUGCAGCCAGGCUGGCAUCAAGUGCCAGGUGGAUCGAAUGUCAUUCCCAUGUGGCUGCUCUCGGGACGGCUGCGGCAACGGAGCGGGCCGCAUCGAGUUCAACCCUCUACGUGUCAGAACCCACUACCUGCACACCAUCAUGAAGCUGUACCUGGAGCGGAGGAGGAUGCUGAUACAGGGGACCGGGGACCAGUAUGCUGAAUCCGACCAGUUGUCCUCCCCCUCCUCCACUUGCCCCACUUUUCCGGACCUACACGCUGUCGUUGGCCUGGAAUCUGAGCGGGAAGAGAGCGAGGUGCAGACCGUGGUGGAGGUUCAGGAUCUGCUGGCAGAGCAGGACAUUCUGGAGCGAGAAAACGAGACGGCCGUGUUGCACCUGCAGAGCGCCGAGGAGCAGGAGAGGAGGGAGAGGGAGGAGGCCGAGGGGGAGACGCUGCAGCAGGAUCUGGACGCUGGAGGCCUGGCGGAGCAGCCCCUCUGCCUCCUGCCCGGAGCUGUGGGAGGGGAGCUGGCCGAGGUGCCGGGUGUGGAGCAGGACCUCCUGCAGGGGCCGUUCCCCACGGGGGCCACGGUCCUCUGCAUCACUGACAACCAGGAGGAGAGCCCUUCUGACCUCGUCAAGGACUCCACUUCUCUGCUCUACUAUCAACUCAGUCCCAUAGAGCCUGGAGCCUUUGAGAACCUGCCCAGAGUAGAGGACGCUCAACGAGAAUCAGGAGGAGAAGAGAAGGAACACGGAGGAAGAGAGGAGGAGUCAAAGGAUGAUAAGCCCGAAGAGAUCAAAUGCAGGCAGAGUUUAGGCAAGUCUUUGGCCAACGUGAUCCUGUGCUCGGAGGACGAAGUGGAGGAGAGGCCCUCGAGUCCCCAGCAGAGCUUCCCUGAAGUGCAGUGCCAACGGGAGUCCUGCUUGGAGGGAGAAGUACAUCCACUGCCUCCUGAAGUUUAGGUUUAGUUUCUCUGCAGAUAUUUUGCACAAUAGCUUCAUCAAAGAUGAAAAGAAAAAGAGAAAAUACACGUUUCACAUUUAUUACUGCUAUCGUCAAGAAUUAUGACAGGUUGAGAUCUCUUGUAGUGACGGUCAUUGAAUUACGUGGCGCAUGAGGUUGAGUAUUACAAUACGUGAGGGUAGGGCGAUGCUCAAAGCACAUACGGAUCACUCCCUAGAAGUAAUAUGGAGGCAAUACAACAAUGUACGAAAUUCUGUUGGGGGUGAUGAAUGCGGCCUUAAUGGAAAAAAACAUGAAAACACUUGUGUGUAGGAGUCAUUUGUCAAUGAGAAAGUACAGCAAGUAGGGCUUUGUUAAUUUCCAACGUAGCGAACAGCAAAACACAACGUAUGAAUGCUGAUAUAAGCCUUCUGUUUGAUGAUGUAUAACACUAUCAACACUAAACACUAUUUUAUUUUGCAGUGCGCAACAACCUGGUAACUUCAGGGCUCGACAGUAAGGGUUGCCAUUGGCAACCAUUUUUUAACCUGUAAAAAUAGGGACAGCAAAACGCGCACCCACGAAAAACCGAUUUUCUAUUAAUAUUUGUGGAAUUAGUUAUAUUCAAUUAUUUCUGUUACAAUCAGAACCAGACAAUGCUGCACGUGACAAAGCUGCACGUGUGUUUACGAGCAUGUGCACAGUUAUCUCUUUUUUAGAGACACCAUUGAUGGACUGUGGAAAGUUUGACUAAUCCAUCUCCAUCACAAAUGAGUGUGCACAUUGAAUAAACUGAUAAAGAACCAGAUGAACCUGAGAAAUCAAUUUAGCGAAAUAUCUCAGCAUCCUGGAGCUGGACCAAAGCAUGUCCAACACCUCGACAGCCGACACUUCACGUCCACCGAAGCAGGAGGCUCCAAAACAUAUUGCAUCGCAUCUUAUACUCAAAAUAUAAAAAUGGCAACCGUACCUCCGGUUUCAGUCCCCAGAAGCUGCUGCCUGGUUGCCAGCCUGGCAACCACUUUUAAAGUUAGUGUUGAGCCCUGUAAUUUAGACACCCACUGGCUCACUUUCCAUUGCACCAAACGCGUGCCGUCGAGCCAAAUGAAGGCCUCUGAUCGUGCCAUCUGUUGAAAAUAGACCUAAUAAUCCUGGAAAAUACUUGUUCUUGUGUACUGUAUAUGUGUUUGCAAUGUGCAAGACAGAGCCGAGGUUGCUGCUUUAAAAAAGACAAAUAAUAAUCUGCACGCACAUUGUGAACUGAGGGCCGCGGUGUCGUGGUUCUGCUGUAAAGAAGGUCAACCAGCGCAGAGCGGCAGCCUGACACCGGCCUUCGCUGUGGCUCUUGCUCACCUCGGGCUGCAGUCCAAUCUGUCAAAAACUAGUUUACCUGUAGUUACAAUGCCUAUAAUAUUACUUACUAUUUCUUUGAGUAACGUGUCUUUUGUGGAUUAGAUAAUGCUGGUUUGAAGUCCUCACAGUCUUUGUUAUUUUUGAAUGAAAGGACAUUUCUUUCAGAGGCUACUGCUACACUGUAGAAGCAUGUAGUCGAUCGUGUCAUGUUGUGAUGAAAUGCCAGAAUAGAUCUUCCAUUUCUCUCCUCUUUUAAUAUGUCAUACUGUAAGGAAGAGGUUAAGGAAUCAAGUCAAAUUCACAAGAAAAUAGCAUUUAAAGAGUCAAAGAAAGUAGUUAUACAAAAUGAUGUGAUGUUACUAAUUUAUGAAACAGAUUGAAAACAACCGGAAUUUGUAUAUUUUAUGUUUAAUCUGUACAAUAUGUGUGUCCUUUAGAUUAGUGUGUCUAAGUGAGAGAGAAAGUUGAGUAUGCAUGUACACGUUUAUGUACUGUAUUAUGAAAUGGGAGGGGGAGUAUAUUAGUGAGGAUACAUAGUUUAUUCCUGAAAGGUGCUGAUGUUACAGAUUUACAAUUCACUGUUGUGUGUUCUCUCCCCACCCUCAUGAGGAAAUAGGAUUUCAUAAAGAACGCUUCUCGGUGACUGAAAGUGUUGGAGAGCCUCUUGUAGGAACGCAAAAGCUACUGCACUGCAAACCAUUAAUGUGGCCAUUCUGGACCGAGGUAUGUGUAGAUGCAACAUUUCCUGUCCUUUUUUUAAAGAAAUGUCUGAUUAAUACUGAUCUGCGUAAGUGUGCUGACUCUUCUCACACAAAGUCAGUCUUUUGUUUUGAUGCCUGAAAAUACAGCCGUUGCUUUUUGUGUACGGCACGUCAUAUGUAUUCCUUUGCCUUUUUUCUUUAUUGUUCUAAUAUAAAUCUGCAUACGAGUUGCACCAAAGCAGUGGUUUCAAACCUCAUGGAGUGAUGCUCUCAAGCACCACAUUCAACAAAGCAGUCUCCUGUAGUUCUUGUGAGGGUUUAGAUUUAUUGUGGGCCUUUUGUGUGUUCGCGUGACUUGCCUCGACAUCGUGCCAUCUUUAAAAUGGUGAUGAUUGUGAGGUUUUGGGGCAGGGAUGUCUAUGUGUACAGAUUGUAAAGCACUCCGAGACAAAUUUGUAAUUUGUGAAAUUGGGCUAUACAAAUAAACUGAAUUGAAAAAUGGAAUGAUUGAAAGCUGCCUAUAGUUGAGCUUUUGUCCUUGCUGUUCAAGUGAUAGACUUAGGUUUGGGACCACUGCAUCUAAUUAACUCCAGUACACUAUGUGAUUGUGUGUUUCUCUGUGUGAAAGGGGUGCGAUUGUUGAAAAGAAUGAUACGUUUAGACUUCAUCUAAAAGCUAUGAGAACUACUCUCAUGCUAAUUGUUGCCUAAAGUGGCCCAAAAAGUGUUUUAUACAAAAAUAAAAACAAUAAAACACUCAUUUAAAAAAA